AUGAAGCUUAAGCCUUCAGAGCAGUUAUGCAGCAUGUUGGAGAUACCAUCUCAUCACCGUUCUAAGCGAAAAGCACCAUUGAUGCUGUUUUGUUUUGGUUUCAAUAUCCUUGUAGCUAGAAUCCUUGUUCUUACAACUGUUUUCUUCAUCUCACCGUCAUCUAUUUCCCCAUCACUCUCAGUUAAUUCGUUCCAUUUCAAAUUUCUUUUUCCUGCACAUUGGCCUAUUUAUAAUUCAAGUAGCGCCGUUACUACUAGUAUUGCGACUUCUUCUACAAGGAUAAUGAAAAACUCCACCAAAAACAAGCUAGCAGGAACAAAUUAUAUCGAAAAUGGUUUUCAAAGUCCGAGUGCUGUUUCGGAUGAUCUUCCUAAUGUUGGGGAUGAAGUUGUUACUAAUGAAACUUCUUCUGGUUCUAUGGAUAGCAAUUGUGAUAUGUUCGAUGGUCAAUUGGUAAGGGCCAAGGACCAAAAACAAUACUAUUCUCCUGGUUCUUGUCCAUAUGUCGAUAGACAAUCUUUCGCUUGCUACGAAAAUGGAAGACCUGAUGAUCAGUACCUCCAGUGGAAAUGGCAAUGGCCAUCAACGCAAAAAAAUGCGGCAGGGUGUAACAAUGUGCCAAGCAUAUUUGGGAAUGCCAUACCGGAUAAAACCAGAAUUUCUAAGCCAUCCGGCAAAACCGAAUUCAAGUCAAGAGGAGAUUUUUCGUUAACAUUUGAGGACUAUAACUGUACGGUAGUAUUUGUAUGGUCUGCAUUCCUUGUUUAUGAAACCCAUUCCAAGCGUCGUAGGAACCAAGGUGUAUUAGAAGGGCCAGCGACUCUAAGACUGGAUUUGAUUGACGAGGUUGAAUCAUCAGUUUAUCGUGAUGCCGCUGUUGUAGUAUUCGAUUCAUUUCAUUGGUGGGUCGAGGGGAAAACUAAUAAUGGAGGAGGGAGAUGGAACACAGGAGGAAAAUGCAACCUAGAAACGGAACCAAUCAUGAGCAAUACGACAUUCAUACCUAUGUCACCUCCACAUGCGAAAAUACUAGAAGACACUCUUCGGAAAAUGAAGACUCCUGUUUUGUAUCUGAAUGUUAGUGAACUUACUUAUUACCGAGCGGAUGGACACCCUUCAGUGUAUGCAAAAAAUUAUACUGUCCAAGAGAGAAUUGUAGCCUUGGAUCACCAGGACUGCAGUCAUUGGUGCUUACCAGGUGUGCCUGAUACAUGGAAUGAGUUGUUGUACCUAUCUCUCUUGAAAGCUGGUAAAGGUUCAUUUAGUCGUUGA